CUCUGGCCGCGGUCACACAACGCCCCACGGCACGUGUUGACUGCAUUUAAAAGCGCUUUUAACAACAUUUGGCAGGAGUUGCAGUGGCCGAGCAGUCGCAUCAGUUGCCCAGGAUGUUCUACCUAAUCGGCCUCGGCCUUGGCGACCUCAAGGACAUCACGGUCAAGGGUCUGGAGAUAGUGAAACAGUGCAGUCGCGUUUACCUGGAGAUGUACACCUCGAUUCUGGGCUGCAGCCUUGAGGAUAUGCAAGAGUUUUACGGACGACCCCUCCUGCUGGCCGACCGAGAUCUGGUAGAGCAAGGAGCCGAUGAGAUCCUGGCAGGGGCUGGCGAAUCCGACGUGGCCCUGCUCGUGGUGGGCGAUCCCUUCGGCGCCACCACCCACACAGACUUCAUACUGCGCGCCAAGGAGAAGAAGAUCCCCUACAAGGUCAUCCACAACGCCUCGAUCAUGAACGCCGUCGGGUGCUGCGGCCUGCAAUUGUACAAAUUCGGCGAGACCGUGUCGAUUCCCUACUGGGACGAGACCUGGAAGCCGGACAGCUUCUACGACAAGAUCAAGCUGAAUCGCCUGCACAACAUGCACACGCUGUGCCUGCUGGACAUCAAGGUGAAGGAGCCAACGCCGGAGUCGCUGAUGCGCAAACGCAAGGAGUACAUGCCGCCGCGCUUCAUGAGCGUGGCGGAAGCGGCCCACCAACUGCUGUCCAUCGUGGAGAAGAAGGACUCGCUGGAGAAGAAUACAGUGCUCAACGAGCAGUCCCUGUGCGUGGGACUGGCCCGUGUGGGCCAGGAAUCGCAGCAGAUCGCCGUCAGCACGCUGCUCGACAUGCGCUCCACCGAUCUAGGCGGUCCUCUGCACUCACUCAUCAUUCCCGCCAAGGAGAUGCAUCCCCUGGAGGUGGAGUUUCUGCAGCAGUACGCCGCCAGCCUGAAGCUGGACGACUACAACCACUAAUUCCACUGGGAAAAUACCUAUUUAAGUGUCUAGGAAAUGUUGUCUGUGCAUCUGAAUUGAAUUUACGAAGCAAGAGGAGCUGGAAGCUCAGGAAGAAAGUGAUAUCGCUUGAUGCCACCCCCGUAUACGUAUGUAGUCUGCCCCUCGGCAGCUGAAAUAAAACCGCAUUCACCCAUCGUA